AAGCGCAAGCGCGACGAAGAAGAGCAGCAAGCUACCCCUGGAUCCGCCGGCAAGCGACGAAAGCGCACCUCAUCAGUCGCAUCAGCAGAUUUGAGCGAAGACGAUCGAUUCCUCGUUCAGCUCAAGGAGGACGAGAACCUGCCAUGGAAAGACAUUGCCACUCGCUUCCAGACUGAGAAGGGCAAGAACUUUCAAGUCGCCGCGCUUCAGAUGCGCUACAAGCGUCUGCGUGAGAAGUUUCGCGUCUGGGAAGACCAAGAUGUCCAGGCUUUGAAGCUGGCGCACGAGUACUGGGAAAAGUACAAAUGGGAGAUCAUUAAACGACCGCUGACAGCAUGCCUGCAGAUGCUCGACUUCGGCAUUCAAGAACGCUGGCCUGCACGCCAUGCCGCGCGCAAAUGGCAGGAACUCGAAGCCACAGCUACG